AUGGCUUUUCCGUUUGAGAAGGCGAUAGUUUCCAGUCUAGAGUUCAUCACUAGAACGUCGAACGACGGCGAUACGAGCCGCGGUGGUUUGCCUCGAUUGUACUCACUUCUACUAACAAUGUUCUACUACCAAGAUGGAACAGUACCGCAGCUGAGCCGGAACCGCAGCUUGUCUUCGGUCCGACCGGUGUCCUCACUGUCAUCUGCUUCUAUGGAUAGCGGUGUCUUUGCAAUACAUCCGCCUCCAUCCUCCGUCCCACCACCACCGCCAUCGUUGUCGUCGUCUACUUCACGUCCGCCAAGCCCAGGGUUACAGAUAAGUCAUCUUCUUCAUCAGACGGCUAAUCUUCUCGCAGUGAAUGCACAACUCAGGAAGGAAAUUGAACAAGUUCGUUCUGGUGUGAACAACACGAAUUUGACGUCUUUUGCUGCUUCGACGACGAGCAACUCAGCAACGUCUUCACACGCACCUCCGCUAGCGUCAGUUCAACCGCAUCAGCCACAAUUCCCUCCAUUUGUAUCGAUUAGCGGUAACUCGUUACCAGGGGAUUACGAGAUGCCGUACAGUCACGAUAACAGUCAUCACUAUAAUAAUAAUCAACAAAUGCGGCACGGUGGUCGCUCAGCGACCGGUAAAAAAGCUGCAAAUCCGGAUUCGUACAAAACAGUGAUGUGUCAAGCGUGGCUCGAGUCGAAAAUGUGCGCAUUCGGUGAGAAUUGCCGAUUUGCGCAUGGAGAAGCUGAACUUCGACCUGUGAGAUCCGUGCCAUGUCAAAUAAACAAGUACAAGACGAAACUCUGCGAUAAAUACACCACGACAGGCUUAUGUCCUUAUGGCGAUCGUUGUCUAUUCAUACAUCCAGACCAUGGAACAAAUGCCUACAUAAGACCUGACAAAUUGGUUGAGGUUUCCCGCCGUCAUGCACUAGCCGAUAUGCAAUUCUUAGCUUCUAUGGAUGCAGCACGUGCGGUUACACCACCCAAUGUUACUCAACUUCCCGGACAACCCCAUCCAGCUCUAGCGCACAUGAUUCCGCCACCAGUAUUUCCUAUUCGUAAUACAACGACUACUCCAUGCAGUCGAAACACGACAAACAUUAACAACGGAGCCGCAAAUGUAGCUGCUGCACAGGCGGCUCGAACACAGCUUCGUCCACACCCAAGUUGGCCCCUAGAACCGUCGACGUUCUUCAGAGAGAAGACAGACGAGUUUCGCACACCCAGUCCUAUUGAGACGAUGACGGGUGGAGCAAAAGGUUCUUGGGACGAACUGUCUACCCCAGCUCGAAGCUCGCCAGGAUACGUGUCAGGUGGUUCAACACCGUCAGGAUCUUCGCCGUUCUCGACAGUGUCUUCUUCUUCGCUACAUCUAAAUAUCACCGACGAUGACCGUGACUUUGAUCUAUUCAACCUCACUGUUGGAUUCGAUCACAUUGCGCAAGAUUUAGCGAAGACGCUUGAGCUAUGGUGA